UCAAUCGAUCGAUCGUUUCAAGUGAUCUUUAUUAAUGUGUAUUUGUGUGUCUAUGUACAACGGAAAGUGAUCACGUUUUUUCUUCACAUUUCCAAUAAUCGAAUAAUGUGCGGCAUAUUGUUCGUGAUCAUUGAUGGUUCUGAUCUAGAUUCAAAUAUAUUUAAUCGAUCAAAAAUCAAAGAAUUUCUUCGACGUCGUGGUCCGGAUCAAUAUCAAUCAUUUGAUUUUAUUUAUAAUACGUUUCAAUUUCAUUUGGAAAGUUCCGUAUUACACUUACGUGGUCAAAAUAAUUCAGGUCGACAGCCAUAUUGUGGUCAUGAUAAUUAUAACGCUGAUUUUCCUUGUUUACAAUGGAACGGUCAAAUAUUUCGUUUAAUUGAUGAUAAUAAUCAAUAUAAAGCUAUUGAUGAUUCUCGAUCAGAUACGGAAGAAUUAUUUCGUUUGUUAACAAAAUCAGGCGAGAAUGUUGAAGAUAUUGUUCUCAAAACACUUUCAUCUAUUCAUGGUCCAUUUUCAUUGACAUUUUGGAACCAAACAACCGAACAAUUAUGGGUGGCACGUGAUUUAAUCGGUCGACGUUCAUUAUGUUGGAAUACGAAUAUGAGAGAUAAAUUUCUUAUAAUCUCAUCGGUCGCUCAUCCAUUCGAAAAUGAUGAAGAUCUCAGUCAAAAUCAUUCUAUAUGGGACUCAUUGAAAUUCGAAGAAAUUCCUUCAGAUCGAGUUUUUUGUUUCGACAUGAGUGAAAACAAAUCGUUGGAACAAAUCUGGCAAGAUUUACGACAAUUUUAUUGGCCAAAAACUUUGGCUGGUUUUCAUAUCGAUAUUGAUGGUCAUUAUAUUUCUCGUAUGCCAAUUAUAUCGAUGUUGAACAUGGAAAUUCCUUCAAGCGAAAUUGAUGAUUUAUUAAAGAUAUCAAACAUAUUUAAUAAUGAAGGAUUUGUUAUUGAUAUGAAAAUUUGUGAUAAUUUUCUCCGUGUUCUAUCGGAAUCGAUACAAACACGAUGUAAAAAUCAUCAAAAUCGAUGUAAAGAAUGUAUAAAUUUUGACGAAAGUGAUUGUAAACAUUCAACAAUAGCCAUUCUAUUUUCUGGUGGUUUAGAUUCAGCUGUAUUGGCACGAAUCGCUGACCAAUUUGUUGAGCCUAAACAUCGACCAAUUGAUCUUCUAAAUGUAGCAUUUGAUUCGAAAGCAUCAGAUCGCAAGACUGGAAUUGAUGCAUGGAAUGAGCUUUGUCACCAAUGUCCUAAACGACAAUGGAAUUUUGUUCAAAUUGAUAUUGACCGCAACGAAUUAGAAUUAUAUCGUAACAAACAUAUACAUAAUCUGAUUGAUCCGAAUUGGACUAUCAUGGAUGAUUCGAUUGGUUCAGCAAUUUGGUUUGCUACUCGUGGUCAAGGUAUUCUAUUAUCAAAUCAUAAUUCAAGUGAACAAGUGGAAUAUAAAAGCCCUGCACGUGUUGUCCUUUUGGGAAUGGGAUCUGAUGAACAACUUGGCGGCUAUUCACGGCAUCGUCAGGCAUUUCAAAAAGGAAACUGGACAUCAUUAUUGAAUGAAAUACGCAUUGACAUCGAAAGGAUCUCAAGCCGUAAUCUUGGCCGAGAUGAUCGUAUCACUGCUGAUCAUUCAAUCGAAGCAAGAUUCCCAUAUCUCGAUGAAUUGGUCAUAAAUUUUCUCAAUCCAUUACCAAUAUGGCAGAAAUGUAAUCUAUAUUUGGAACGUGGUCAUGGCGAAAAAUGGUUAUUACGUAAAGUUGCUCAAAAUUUAGGCCUACAAAGAUCAUGUCAAAAUCUAAAACGUGCCAUACAAUUUGGAUCAAAAAUAACAUCUCAUCAAAAUGGUGGUGUAAAAGGACAUUAUUCAUAUCAAAAAUAGCCUUUAUUUUUAUAAAACAUAAAAUUUUCAUUAGCACAAUCAUGGAUCUGUAUUUUUGUCAUCAUUAAUAACUUUCGAAUAUUCAUUAUUUAAAUUAACAUUUUGAUUAUUCAA